AUGUUCCAGCAGCAGCAGCAGCAAAUGUUUGCGCAAAACCCCGCGCUUGCAAUGCAGGCCCAACAACAACGCCAGGCAAUGAUGCGCCAGCAGCACCAGCAACACCAGCAGAUGAUGCAGCAACAACAGCAGAAUGGGAUGAUGGGAUUCCCGCAUGGCGGGAACCAGGGAAUGACCCCGCAGCAAAUGGCUGCUAUGCAGGGAAACCCCCAAGGGCUUCAAGUAAACCUGCCGCCGCACAUCCGCGCGCAACUUACUCAAAAUCAAAUGCAGCAGGCUCAGCAGCAGCAUGCGCAAGCUCAGCAGCAAGCUCAACAGCAGGCCCAGCAACAGCAACAGCUCAUGGCUCAGCACCACACGGCUAUGCAGCAUGUCGCUUCUCAGCAAAGCAAUCCUGGUCAAGGUGGACCGCAAAACCAGCCGCCGCCGCAGGGUCAGCCAGGGCAGAUGAGGCCUCAGCCCCCGGGAAUGCAGCCUGGACAUGAAGCACAGGCCUCUCCUGCACCGCCUCCCAGUCAACAUCAUACGCCACAGCAGACCCAAUCACAACCUCAACCUCCGCCGCCGGCGCAGGCCCCGACUCCUGUGCAGCAAGGCCCCCCUCCCCCAGGCCCUCCCCCUCAGCAACAGCAGCAGCCCCAGCCACCCCAGCAGCAGCCGCAACAGCCGCAGCAGCCGGGUCAGCAACCGCCUCAGAAUCAACAGCAGGCAAUGCAGCAGCAGCAACAGCAGCAGCAGCGCCAGCAAAUGGCCCAGCAGCAGCAGAUGAUGCAACAGAGGGCUCAGGCGGCUCAGGCUCAAGCAGCUCAGGUCCAUGCUCAGCAAAAUCGGAUGUACGGCACCACUAUACUCAAGCUACUUAAUCUGGCCGACAAUCUUAGCCGGUUCUCUGCGGAUCGACAACCAAACGACAUAACCCACUGGAAAACUUUUGUCGGAAGAUUCUUCUCUGAAGAUGGUAUCUUCAAGCAGACAUUGCUGGAUUAUGCACCUCAAGCUCAGAAGCCCAAGAACUUCGAAAUCUGCAAUCCUGCAUUACCUCGUUACUACUACACGCAAUUCCAGAGCGGUGUUCAAAACAUCCAGCUUACCAUGGACGGCAUUACGGAGAAGGAGUUUGGAAACAACUGCCACUACGUGGAAAGUAACCGAGCAAAGUUCAUUUACUGGUUCAAGAACGGAACUCAGGUGGUGCAAAAUGGAAAGCUCAGCGCGAUGUUCGACCGCGAUGAUAAGAUCAACCUGCUCAUCUUUGAGACGGCGGAUCACAUGCAAUACCUGCCGCGGAGUACUUUGGAAGGCCUUUUCCACGUCAGAUCGCCCCACCAAAACAUGUCGCCGAAGAUGAGCAAGAAGAAUCCUCCCAACCAGAGGAAUCCACGCAUGCAAAAUGCCGAGCCUACAAUGCUUUUCUCAGAACUUCCGGAAGCACCGGUGUCAACCUGGGGUGUUACCAACCCGGUGCUCCAGUUCCUCGAGGUUGGCGAGACUCUUUCGAACAUGCAGGAGUUGUUCGCUCACUACCACGCCAACCCGGGCAAUACCCCUUCUCAGGCUAUGAACAGCCUGGUGGCCAAUCUUAACAUCCAGCAGCAGAACCAGGGAGGCAUGGCGCCGGGUAAUCCGAUGCAGCCGGGUCAGCAACAACAGGGACCUCAACCACCGCAGCAAGGCGGACCAGGCCAACCCCAGAUAAACCUCCCGCCCGGAGCGCCCACGCCGAACAGCGCGCCGGGAGCUAGGACACCUCAGAACAUGGCUGGUGGCAAUCCUAAUGUUCAACCACAUCCCCCCAACCAACAGUUCAUGUCCCCGCACAUUGCCAAUCUCCAGCAGUUUCCCGGCGGCUUGAAUCCUGCGGUUAACGGAUCACCGCACCUCGGCGGGCAGACUCACACGCCGUCGCCAGCGCAAGCACACAUGCAAGCGCCCGGUCUCGUGGCUCAGCACAGCCAACAGGGCACGAACAGCAGUGCAGCUGCAAGUGCCAACACUAGCCCAAAUGUGAGUAACAAGCGGAGACGCAGCACCGUGAAGACUGAGGGCGACGAUGGUCCUGAUGGAGCACCAACGGCAAAGGUCAAACCGAGCCCUAGAAUGCCGAACAACAACAAGCGUAUCAAGGGCAACCCGGGUUGA